UGAUUGCUCAUUCUUAUUGCCCUCUAUCUUCAAAUUCAUUUCGUUCACAAUAAAAAAAAAUAGAAUAAAUAAAAGAGUGACCUUUAGCCAUUGCCCACCACUCAUCAUCCAUCUCCAUCACAAACCAUUACAUUCUACAAAAAACCACCUUAAGACUUCACAACCACAACAAUUCCACAAACAAAGAACAUGGUAGUAUCAAAAUGUCUAAGUCUAACACUCCAUGUUCCUACUCACCCCAGUACUCCUUUUCUCACCCCACCCUCCAAAAAAACUCCAACCUUGUCUUACUCUUCCACCCAUUUUUCCUUCCAAACAAAACUGAACAAAGCCUUUCCCACCUCAUACAACCAUUCCUUAACCAAACACUUUCCAAUGAAAUGUUCCAAUUCUUCCAGCUACACAUCACCACCAGAUUUUGAGCUUGAGUCUGAUGAUCCAACACUCACCAAUGAAGACCUCAAGCCAACAACACCAAGUCAAAGGACAUUUUCAGGCUUCGAAAUAGCAAGUUUAUGGGUUGGAUUAGUUGUUGGCGUCCCUUCUUAUUACCUUGCUGGAAGCCUCGUUGACCUUGGCAUGGCAUGGUGGCAGGGCAUAGCAACUGUGGUGGCAGCAAACAUGAUCCUCUUGGUUCCUUUGGUUCUCACUGGCCAUGCAGGAACACGUUAUGGCAUAUCAUUCCCAGUACUUGUUAGAUCCUCUUUUGGGAUCAAUGGUGCUCAUGUUCCUACCCUUAUAAGGGCACUUAUUGGUUGUGGUUGGUAUGGUAUUGAGUCUUGGAUUGGUGGAGAGGCAAUUUUCCUUCUCUUGCCGAAGGCAAUGAAGGAAGCUACUUCAUUGUCUCAGUCUCUACCUUGGCUUGGCACUUCCCCUCUUGAAUUUGCUUGCUUUUUGGUCUUUUGGGUUGCUCAAUUGGCCUUUGUUUGGAAGGGAAUUGAUGGCAUUCGAAAGCUUGAGAAGUACUCAGCUCCAAUAUUGGUUGCUCUCACUUCUUGUCUUCUUAUUUGGUCUUGUGUCAAAGCUGGUGGAAUUGGUCACAUGCUCUCUUUGUCUUCUAGGCUUUCUACUUCAGAAUUCUGGUCUGUUUUUUUUCCUUCUCUUACUGCCAAUAUAAGCUUUUGGGCCACUGUGGCUAUUAACAUUCCUGAUUUCACUAGAUAUGCUAAGAGCCAGAAGGAUCAAGUUAUUGGUCAAAUUGGACUUCCCAUCUUUAUGGGGGCAUUCACAUUUGUUGGUCUAGCAGUUACUUCAUCCACAAAAGUGAUAUUUGGUCAAGUUAUUUCUGACCCAAUUCUGCUUCUUGGUCAAAUUGGUGGCCUCACAACUAAGAUCGUUGCAAUCCUUGGUAUAAGCCUUGCAAUUAUCACCACCAAUAUUGCUGCCAAUGUUGUGGCACCAGCAAAUGCUCUUGUGAAUCUAAGUCCUAAAUGGUUCACCUUUAGAAGAGGAGCACUUCUAACUGCACUACUUGGGAUUGCAUUUCAGCCUUGGAGGCUUUUGAAGUCAAGUGAGAGCUUUGUUUAUACUUGGCUAGUUGGAUAUUCUGCUUUGAUGGGUCCUAUUGCAGGGAUUGUUCUAGCUGAUUACUAUAUUGUACAGAAAACAAAUUUGAAUGUUAGUGACUUGUACUCUAGGAGUCCUUAUGGGGCAUAUAGGUAUUCAAGAGGGUUUAAUGUGGCUGCUAUUCUGGCACUAGUUGUUGGAGUUUUACCUGUGGUUCCUGGUUUCUUGCAGAAAGUUGGAAUUGCAACUUCAGUUCCUAACACUUUUGUUGUGAUCUACAACAAUGCAUGGUUUGUAAGCUUCUUUUCUGCAGGAUUCUUGUAUUUGGUUCUAUCAAAUUUGAGAGGGAAACCUGGUAACUCUGCUGCUAGAGACCCCCUUUUGCCUACUGCAAAGUAAAUAUAGAGGAGCUUGUGGAAUGGACCAUCUCACCCUAUGUAUGAAUGUUGUACAUUGAGAUAUAGCCAAUGAAGAAAGUUUAUUUAGACAUUAUUCUUUGGUUGAAAAAUGUUCCAUGAUGAGAGUUGUUUUACUGGUAAUUAUGAGCUGGCUUGUACAUUUUUUUUUUCUUUCAAUGAUGGGAUCAUAUCAAUACUAAUGUCUGUAAUAUAAUAUAACUCUUGACAGAUUAGAUAUACAAGGUCCUCUUCCCUAUAGAUAUCAAAA